AUGCGAAAACCGGGGCUGCGCACGGCCCAGGCAGCGCUUGCGCAAGCUCGCGGCCCCAAGUACUGUGUACCUGCGUCUGCUGAGGCGCCACGGCUAGCCUCCAGUGGACAGCGCUACUGGACAGCGCUACUGGUGCCUACUGGUCUACUAAAGGCAGUGGCAGCACAAAGAAACGGCCAACCUCAUGUUGACACCUGCCCGGGCCUAGCUGGCGCUGCUAGCACUGACUGGGAGCUGCUGGAGCUAGCGCGAGCCACUGACAGCCCACUGGCACCCGCUGUUCCCGCUGAGCUCUGGGUGCUGCUGGACUCGAUGUAG